GAAGAGCGAGACACUAUAGCUAGUGCGCGCCAUGGAUCACUUGGACCCAAGAGGACAAGAGUUGUUCGCUCAUUAUCGGGCCAUCUCUGCCAGUUAAGAAAGCGCUUCAUGAAAAAGCCAAAUGUCAAGGAAGCGAGUGAAGAUUAUGGUAAACUUGCUAAUAGACUCAAGAAUGAGGACAACCCCCACUAUUCUUCCAUGUGCUUCCAGGCCAUGGCCAAGUGUGACCGUCUGAUGGGAGACUCAUCAGGAGAAGCUGAAGCAUGGGCCAAUGCUGGUCGUCAGUUUUCAGGCAGAAGAGCUGCGUUCAGUGCACAGCAUGCUCGUACAGGGAGAGUCAUGAUGCUGGAGUCCACUGCUUUAUCAUGGCCAUUGACGCUCAUGAGAGAAAGGAGAUGGUGUAAUGGCAGCCAUGUUCUGUUGGAAUUAGCUGGAAACUAGUGCAUUCGAGAGGCUUCACGGAAGCUUCUAGGUUUUUCCAGGGCAUGAUCUGCAAGUCAAUAGAACCAGAGUGCCAACUGCGAACUCUGGAAAGAUUGCAUCGUGCAAGCUCAGACUACGAGGUAUGAUGGUGCCAAUGAAUGUGUACACCAGGAGAUUCUCAGAGACAAAGGGAAAGAAGGUCCCUACCUAGUUCUUAGGAAGAGAUGUGAAGUGUUGCAUUUUGCUGCUACUUCUCAUGAUCAGAUUCUGAGAGACACUAUAAGACAGAGCACUCCAUGAUCAUUGAGUCUUACGCCAAAGUAUUAUCGACAUGGAGUACAAAGAAACUGAUCACAGUCUCAAUAGAUACAUACUGCUUCAAUCAAUCAUAAUGCAUCCAGAAGAAAGGACUACAAAGAGAUAGAAGCUGUCAGGGCAAGCCUUUGGAGCCAUCUGGAUGAGGAGCAGCAGCACCUGAUGCAUCUACUGAUGGAGGUCCACUGCCCAUACAGACGCCCACUGCUGUGAUGUCACACUGCUUGUGUAAUGUAAGCAGAAGGUGGCAUGACACCAAAACUCAUCCACUUUCCACUCAAUUUGUUUGACCCACACACAUUGUAGUAAACCGCUUGUUCAAUGUUUUCCUCGCACAGUAUAAUAAUUAUUGUGUUUUUGAGUUGCCAUUUAUAAAGCUGCAUGUCAAUCAAUAAUAGUAUCGUAUUUGUAAACCCCAUGACAUUGUCCGAUGGUCCAGUUGUGUGUCUUGCUGUCUGUCCGGACCAGCUCUACACAGCUGCAGUAGGUGGCCUCCAUGGGCUCUGUGGUUCCCCCCAGCUCCAGGCCAGCCAGACACUCCGUACUCAUGAGUCACUAGGAGCAGGUUGGCUGGCCAGUGGGUAUCUGCACCCUCUUGAACUCCUUCUUAUACCUCAGGAUAGCUCUGCUGCCUUUUCUGGGUAAGCAGGGAAGUCCCUGCUAUCUGGCUGUGUAAUGAGAUGCUAUACGAGGCAAUGUCAUCAAGGCACAUCUGGAAUACCAGUCAUUCCACACUGGGUGGUCGAAGAAUCUCACUCAGGUACUUAGAGAGAUGCAGUCACUUCAAUAUCAAGAGCUAAUGAUGACUGCAUUGCCGUCUUGGAAGGACAGCGAAGGAACGGCGACGAGUAGAUGAUGCGUAUAUUCUAAAACCAGUUAUAAAGAGAAGUUAAUGUAUGUGAUCUAACUGUCAACCUAGGUGGUGGAAAUUGACCAUGCAGGGAGUAUAUACCCAGUGCUGCAGGACUUGUCUAUGUUAGCUAGCUAGCUUCAUAGCUCGCUGCUUCAUUUCUCCACAUGAACAAGGAAACACAGGGCAAGGAAAGUCAUUUCGUGUUCUGGCCACAUUUGUAACAGAACUAUAAUAGCUAUAUGACGCACACUCAACUCCGUCCUUUCUUGCCUGCCUGCGACGCGCCUCUGCCUCUCCUCGUUUAGUGAUGGGCCGGGUGUCGGCUACGGCCGGACCGCCGUCCUCUUCCACAGGGGGUUCCGCGAGUCUUCUCGUUCCCCGUGCCUCAUCACGAAGAUCCGCUGGAUCUUACACGAUGACCCAGCAGACCCAGAUCCAGACGCUUCUUCCAUCCACGCUCAUUACCCGCGUCGCGUCGGUAUACAGCCCAGCCCACAUAAGGUCCCCUCGCUGUCGCAUGGGCGGGGAGUGGGGGUGGGG